UCAAGUACACCAAGUGAAAUCAGCCUCACCCUCCACCACACCGCAGCCUUUUUCCAAAACAAACAAAACCCCAAUUUCAAUCAAUCAUCCAUUCCCCCCGAACCCCCAAACUCGAAAACCACAGUCAUACAUGGCGGUCGGCGUUCUUGCUCUACAGGGGUCUUUCAACGAACACAUCGCCGCGUUAAGGAGGAUUGGGGUGAAGGGGGUGGAGAUAAGGAAGGCGGAACAGUUGGAGAACGUGAGCUCGCUCAUUAUUCCCGGCGGUGAGAGCACCACCAUGGCUAAGCUUGCUGAAUUGCACAAUCUGUUUCCUGCGCUCCGUGAGUUCGUAAAAAUGGGAAAACCAGUUUGGGGAACGUGUGCUGGUCUUAUCUUCUUGGCAAACAAAGCAACUGGACAGAAAACAGGAGGGCAGGAACUUGUUGGAGGACUUGAUUGUACAGUUCAUCGUAAUUUCUUUGGUAGUCAGAUCCAGAGUUUUGAGGCUGAGCUUCCCGUGCCAGACCUUGCUGCUACGGAAGGGGGCCCUCCAAGUUUUCGUGCUGUUUUUAUCCGUGCUCCCGCAAUCCUUGAAGUGGGACCAGAUGUUGAAGUUUUGGCUUCUAUUUCCAUUCAAACAACCAAAAAAGUUGAUCCUAGUUCCAGUCUUCAGAGCCAGGAGGAGAGUGGUGAAUGUGAUGGUAAAGUGAUUGUAGCUGUGAAGCAGGGCAAUCUACUAGCAACUGCAUUUCAUCCUGAAUUGACUAUCGACUCUCGAUGGCACAGCUACUUUAUGAAAAUGUCAUCUAACGACAAUGAAAUAGUGGCCGCGAGUAGCAGCAGCGUAUACGAAGAUGAAGAAAGGUAUUUGUACAACAAACAACCGAAAAUCGACCUUCCUGUGUACGAAUAGCGCCAAAGUUCAUCGACCGGAACUUCUGUUAACAACAAGGUCUCUUUGCAAUAUCCAGGUGGUGUGAAUAUAUGUAACAAUGGAGAUUGUUUAAUAUUUGUUCCUUUUUCUUUUGAAUUAUCAUCAUUUAUAAAGAGUUUGGUUAUUAUUCAUUUGGAGUGAAGUAACUCUUUAUCAUUAUGUGA